AUGGCUCCUGGGCCGGCUCUCGACGGUUUGAGUAAAUUCUUUGCCCAGCAUCUACCGAACCUUGCCCCCACUCCCACUCCACCGAAAUUCCAAGACUCCACUGAGUAUACCUCAAAUGCUGUGUCCAACACUCCCACCGGCUUGGAUAAUAUAGGCGGUGCAGUCGAGGGCUGGGUCAGAAAGAUGACGAGCCGCGCAAAGGCUGGGUUUAACGAACUGCAGCAGAGCACACAAGGCCACCAAAUAAACGGUACAGCCCAUCGACCUGCGACGCGAGGGGUGGGAGACCUGAUCGAGCUUAAUGAUGGGCUAGAAUCUCGCGACAGCUCAAAGAUACUGAGGCCCGAGAUCAACCGAUCCGCAACAAGUCUUCACGAUGGAGGCUCAGUAAGAGGCCGUUUCCAUAGUCCUUCGGCAGGGACGAGCAGGACUCGUGCUACUGGGGACAGGUUCAAGGACGAUUGA